AUGACUGUUAUCAAAUACUUUGAUGCACCACACAUCAUUCGAUUUGGCAUGACUAGCCAGAACUCCGGCAGGAGCGAAAUGCAAGUUUGGAGAAAUGGUGUGCAUUUCAAGAUCAAAGUUAGCCAUGAUAACAUCAGAGGAACUGAUUUUGAGCAACAAUGGAUUCCUCUUCUCGAUCCAGAGCCGAUUCAGUCAUAUGGAGAUCGCUGGAACCAACUCUGUGAUUUAGUCAUUUCGCACUGCAUAAAAGUCUUCCAAGAGUUGGCUCCGAAUGCGCCAUGCUGGACCAAUAUCCAUGAUUACUUCUAUAAUCCAUCUUAUAUUAAUGGUCUCUAUGGUAUCACAGGAUCGAAUGUAAUUCCACGGAUAAUCGAGGGCCCAACAAAUAUACACGCUUAUGAGAUGCAACCAGCACCAUAUAAUACAAUCGCCAUCCCAGAUGAUUUACCAGUAUUUGAUUCCAAAUCAAUUAUUCCUCUGGAUCACAAGGAUGAUUUUAAAAAUCCUCCUAAAAGGGUCCGUCUUCCAGACGGAAACGUGGCCUUUUUUAUCCCCUGCAAAAUUUGGAUACAACGCUGGGAGGGCCCGGGGAGGUCUAAUGCUAUCAACAUUAAUGAGUCGCAUCAAUCGAAUGCUUCUUACCUCCUCUUAUACUCUUUGCAGAUUCCACGUCUCGAUGCUUGCGCACGCAUCCCGAAAGUACUUUGGGAUUGUACUUGA